AUGGCGCCCGCAUUCAAGCGCAGAAAGCUGGGUCGCGCAGAUCAACCAGAAGAGCUCACAUUCGACCCUUCAGCGCGAAAUGAAUACCUCACAGGCUUUCACAAGCGCAAGGAAGCCAGAAAAGAGGCUGCUAGGGACGCUGCCAUCAAGCGGGAGAAAGAGGAGCGAAUCAGAGAACGCAAGCAGGUAACGAUAAAUACAACAAUAUCAAAGACCUUGGCAGAAUGCUAAGAACUGGACUUUCAGAUUCGUGAUCAACGCAAGGAAGACCUCGAGCAACAUGUCGCGGCCGUGAACGAUGAAUUGAGGAAGCAGGAAGCUAUGAUUAAUGGAGAAUCGACCGAGGGCGAUGAAGAUGAGGAGGACGCUUUCGAAGGAUUCGAUGAUGAGUCUGGGGAGCAAGAGAAGGAGAAAGUAGAGGUGCUACCAGAUGACGAGGAAUACGUGGACGAGGAUAAGUAUACAACGGUCACGGUAGAAGCCAUGGGCGAGUCAGAACAAGACGACAAUGAUGAAGAUGGCGGAGCAGUCGAGAAGAAGGCUGCAUCAGCCUUAACGCCGAACGGCGAUGCGACAGCUGUGAAAAAGAAGCGACCAUGGGCUAAGGAUGGCGAAGCAAAGAAGACCAAGAAGAAGAAAUUCCGAUAUGAGAGCAAGGCGGAGCGUGCUGUCACGAGACAAAAGCAGAAGACGAAAAACCGAAAGGCUGCUGACGCUCGGCGCAAGGGAUGA